AUGUCGGAGAGCUGGCAGCAGCCGCCGCAGACGCAGCCGCAGCAGCCUCAGCCCCCACAGCCGCAGCACCAUGCUGAACCCCCACCGGCCCUGGCAGAGCACACGCUGCCUCCAGGCACGGCUGAGAACCCCCUGGGCUGCGCGGUCUAUGGCAUCCUCCUGCAGCCUGAGCCGGGCCUGCAGCCCCCGCAGCACGUGCCCUUGCAGGCCGCGGGGGAGCCGGGCCCCAAGUGUGGCGUGUGCGGUCACGACCUGGCGCACCUGUCCAGCCCACAUGAGCACCAGUGUCUGGCGGGCCAUGACCGCUCGUUCCAGUGCACGCAGUGUCUUAAAAUCUUCCACCAGGCUACCGACCUGCUGGAGCACCAGUGCGUGCAGGCCGAGCAGAAACCUUUCGUCUGCGGUGUCUGCAAGAUGGGCUUCUCGCUGCUCACAUCGCUGGCGCAGCACCACAAUGCCCACAGCAGCACCGGGGGCCUUGUGAAAUGUUCCAUCUGCGAGAAGACCUACAAGCCCGCUGAGGCGGCAGAGCCCGAGGCCACCGCCGCCCCCUCCCUGCCCCCGGCACCCCCGCCUCCGCCCGCAGUGGCCCCAGCGGAGUCGGCCGACAAGCCCUACAGCUGCCCCAUCUGCCAGAAGCCCUUCAAGCACCUGUCGGAGCUCUCGCGGCACGAGCGCAUCCACACGGGCGAGAAGCCCUACAAGUGCACGCUGUGCGACAAGAGCUUCAGCCAGUCUUCGCACCUGGUGCACCACAAGCGCACGCACAGCUCGGAGCGGCCAUACAAGUGCGCGGUGUGCGAGAAGACCUUCAAGCACCGCUCGCACCUCGUGCGCCACAUGUACGCGCAUUCGGGCGAGCACCACCUGUUCCGCUGCAACGUGUGCGAGCUGCACUUCAAGGAGUCGUCGGAGCUGCUGCAGCACCCAUGCACGCCCAGCGGGGAGCGGCCCUUCCGCUGCGGCGAGUGCCAGAAGGCCUUCAAGCGGCCGUCGGACCUGCGGCAGCACGAGCGCACGCACAGCGCCGAGCGGCCCUUCAAGUGCGACCUGUGCCCCAUGGGCUUCAAGCAGCAGUACGCGCUCAUGCGGCACCGGCGCACGCACAAGGCCGAGGAGCCCUUCAAGUGCGGCCUGUGUGAGAAGGGCUUUGGGCAGCCCAGCCACCUGCUCUACCACCAGCACGUGCACACCCUCGAGACCCUCUUCAAGUGCCCCGUGUGCCAGAAGGGCUUCGACCAGUCGGCCGAGCUGCUGCGGCACAAGUGCCUGCCGGGUGCGGCCGAGCGGCCCUUCAAGUGUCCGGUGUGCCACAAGGCCUACAAGCGGGCCUCGGCCCUGCAGAAGCACCAGCUGGCCCACUGCUCGGCGGCCGAGAAGCCCCUGCGCUGCACGCUGUGCGAGCGCCGCUUCUUCUCGUCCUCCGAGUUCGUGCAGCACCGCUGCGACCCGGCCCGCGAGAAGCCGCUCAAGUGCCCGGACUGCGACAAGCGCUUCAAGUACGCCUCCGACCUGCAGCGGCACCGGAGGGUGCACACGGGCGAGAAGCCCUACAAGUGUCCCAACUGCGACAAGGCCUUCAAGCAGCGCGAGCACCUCAACAAGCACCAGGGCGUGCACGCCCGCGAGCAGCAGUUCAAGUGUGUGUGGUGCGGCGAGCGCUUCCUGGACGUGGCCCUGCUACAGGAGCACAGCGCGCAGCACAGUGCCGCGGCCGCGGCGGCCGAGGGCGCCUACCAGGUAGCCGCCUGCCUGCCCUGA